CAAAGUGGUUACCACUGCAUCUUACGAAAGACCUCGUGAUAGAGACUUAAGCGCGCGUGCGCCCAUUUUUGAACAUUUAAAUAGUUAAAAUACGCCAUUUGUUUAUAACAAUUAAAUCAAAAGUGUACUUAGUGUACCCAAGACUGCUGAAAUUCAGGAUUGUUCCUUCAGGAUACUUACAAAUGAAUUACCGAUCAUCCCAAAGCAUAAGCACUCAAGCAGUGUGGGUGUGUAUGAUCCUCGCCGUGGUGUUCCAAGAGAUCACAAGCAGUCCAGCUGGCAGGUCCCCGGCCUUCCUUCCUCACCACUUCACAAAGCGUUCAUUUUUCGAUAUUCAGUGCAAAGGCGUGUAUGAUAAAAGCAUAUUUGCUAAACUGGACAGCAUAUGCGAAGACUGCUACAUGCUGUUCCGGGAGCCACAACUCCAUAACUUAUGCAGGAAAAACUGUUUUACGACAGAUUACUUCAAAGGAUGUAUCGAUACUUUACAGCGUUCGGAUGAGGAGGCGCAAAUUCAACUUUGGAUAAAACAAAUACGUGGAGCUGAGUUGGGGGGUUUAGGUCCGAGUGCUUCUCCACCAAAUACUUCGUAGGGUGCGUAGAGUCUCUUUUAUUGAGCGAAGAAAUGCCAAAAUUUCGGAAAAUGAUUGAAUAUUUAUCGAAGUAAAUGUCCAUUCUAGUCUCACACCAGAUAUUAUAUUAAGUUAGGUAUAUGAUUGACAGAGAUUUUGUUUUGUACCAAGUCCUACUUUAUUUGGUCAAGUAAUGAGAAAAGUACUUUGUUUUACUUAUGAGUGCUUAAACAAUAAAGAAGACCUGAGCCCCCAUUUUAGGUUAUUUUCGCUGACCAAAGAAAGUAGAAUAAUGCUGAUUUUUUCAAUGAAGAUUUCACGUAGAAACAUCACAAUAUUAUUGUUAGUAUUAUAGUAUUACAAGUUUUAUAAUUUAAUGUCAGUGUACAACACCACCACUUAUUUAUUUCACAUUAUUGUUUGAAUAAUGAAUUAUUUUAAAGGCUGGAAAAAUAAUUCAACAUUUCUUUCAUGGUUAUUUAAUUCAUUUUUAUCAUUCAGUUUACACAUUAAUUUAUAUAAAGUAAAAUAAAAUUAUUUAUUAAAACGUAGUUAAACUAUUUUGUAUUUUACGUUAGUAUUUUAUUAUUUUGUACGAGGAUGUACAAUGUAUACGUUUUUGUUUGGGAAUUCUUAUUACGAAGAAUCCUUUUGUUGACAUUCCAUAAUCAGUAUUGCCGAAGUUGUCAUUAACCCUUUUUUUUAAUUAUUUUUUUACACAGGUGCCUAUUACCGUACUAAGUAUGUGCGCAUAAUGAUAUGUAACAUACCAAAUGUAUUUUUUUUAAUAAUGAUCAUCAGAAAUGGCAGCUUCAAAAAUUAAAUGAUGUAGUACUCUAAUAAAACAGCAUAUUAUUUUGUUA